AUGAGUCCAUUCUUAGACCCAGAGAAAAUACUCAGAGUGGGAGGUCGAUUGAAUCUGUCCCAGCUUCCCUACCAAACCAAACAUCCUGCCUUGCUACCAAAUCCUCAUCCUUUUACACGAGCAAUUGCAGAGUACUUCCACCAAAAACUACUUCAUGGCGGCGGGCGUUUACUGCUGACCGCCAUACGUGAAGAAUUCUGGCCACUACAGGGUCGCAGAUUAGUUCGAAAUAUUGUGCGAAACUGUUUUCGUUGCACUCGCCUCAACCUCGUACCUGUCCAGCAGCAAAUUGGACAGCUGCCUACUUCGAGAGUCACUCCGAGUCGUCCAUUCAGCAUAACUGGCGUCGACUAUGCAGGGCCCGUAUAUUUGAAGCCGAUACAUAAACGUGCAGCUCCGACUAAAGCAUAUAUUUGCAUAUUUGUGUGUUUCGCUACGAAGGCAGUCCACAUCGAGCUCGCCAGCGAUUUAUCAACCCAGGCCUUUCUAUGCGCUCUCCGUCGCUUCAUAUCUCGUCGUGGUCGUCCACUACACAUACACUCGGACAACGGGAAGAAUUUCGAGGGAGCUAAAAACGAAUUAUCCGAACUAUUCGAAAUGCUAAAUGACAGCUGCGAAAUAUCAUCUGCCUGCACAGAAGAAGGCAUCACAUGGCAUUUAAUACCGCCUAAAGCACCACACUUCGGUGGUCUCUGGGAGGCCGCGGUCAAGGUGGCGAAAAGACAUCUCUAUCGUCAGUUAGGAUGCUCCAAGCUGUCUUUCGAGGACAUGUGUACCAUUUUGACUCAAGUCGAAGCAUCUAUGAAUACACGACCGCUACUACCGAUGACAGAUGACCCAAACGAUUUAGCAGCUUUAACUCCGGUGCACUUCCUCAUAGGCACUACAAUAACCGCCCUGCCCGACCCAGAUCUCCGUCAUCUUCCAGCUAACCGGCUUGAUCACUUCCAAGAACUUCAGAUGCAUGUGCAAAGGUUUUGGCGUCACUGGCGUUCAGAGUAUCUUCAGGAGCUCCAAAAGGACACUAAAGGCUCAGUACGGAACGAUGGAAUUUCGAUCGGCAGAAUGGUCAUCAUAGUGGAUGAAUUGCAGCCGCCUACACGAUGGUCCUUGGCACGUAUUGUGGACGUUCAUCCUGGGAAGGACUAUAUCAUCAGAGUCGUCUCUCUUCGCACGGCUCGCGGAGUUAUCACUCGACCCACUUCCAAGAUCUGCUUUCUACCAGAUUCAUCAGUAGAUCUGGAUCAGGACGGACGCAUAGGCUUACCAGUCAACCGGAAUGCCUCUAAUUUAGAUAGAUAA